GGGAAAUACAAAACCUGUUUUUCAACCUUCAAUAUUGUUAAACCGAACAGCGCCCGUCGUUCUUCAGUUUUCAGUUACGAUUCUCGCCGAGCAGAACAUUUUUAUUUGUGUUGUGGCGAUCGCAGUGUGCUUGUGCUCACAAAAAUAAACAUAGUAACCGUAUCCACAGGCGUUUCUCUUUGUGUCAUUCAGUUCGAGAGAGAAAGAGCUAUAAUUGAGUGUUAAAAUUCUUUAAACCGCGAGUUUUUAUAUUCACGAAAAAAUGGGUUGUGCCACUGGAAUUGUUAAGUAUUUGGUGUUUCUCGCCAACUUAUUGUUUGCUCUUGCUGGACUAGCUUUAAUAAUCAUAGGAAUUUUAAUCAAAUUGAAUGUCAGCGAAGCUACCAACGUUCUGCCAAAAGACUUCGGUCUAGCUCCAAUCCUUUCGAUCGUUAUCGGUUCCAUCGUUUUCAUCACAGCGUUUCUAGGAUGCUGCGGAGCAGUCAAAGAAAGUACUUGCAUGUUGACCACGUAUGCAAUCAUUCUCCUGACGAUAUUCAUCCUGCAAGUUGCCAUCGGAGUUUACGCUUUCUUACAAAUAAAAGACAAGAACUCGUUUAACUCCGUACUUACUAAGAGCAUGCAAGAAACAUUCGACAAAAUGUAUGUGAGCCAGGAAGCCAACGAAACUAUGCAAGUCACCCAGAGAUUCUUAAAAUGUUGUGGUGUUCGUGGACCUGAAGACUAUGGUGACAGGAAAAUCCCUCUCAGUUGUUGCCACAACAUAAAGGUUCAGUGCCCAAGUACAAACAAUGACGUUAACCACGAGGGAUGUGCGGCUAAACUGCAAACGGAAUUGGAAAAGAGUUCGAAGAUUAUUGGUGGAGUAGCUAUUGGAAUCGCCGUUGUAGAGAUUGUCGGUGCUAUUUUCGCCUUGUGUCUAGCCAGUUCGAUCAGGAACAGUUACAGAAGACACAUAUACGCCUAAUACGAAACAAAAAGUUUAUUUAUUUGUUAUAGUUUUCUCUCACUUUAAAAAAUUUUACUGUUGAUUUAAAAUUUUUACUCUUUUUGUACCUAAUAAUAAGUUUAUUAUAAAUGUUGCAAGUUUUCAUAGACGGUAUUUGACACAGAACAAUGAAUUGACGACAAAAACGACAAAAAGUGCUUUUAUUUUUUUACGGGCUGUAAAUAUGUUGUUUUUGGCAAAUAUCUGCUGUAAAGACUAUUCUCAGGAACCGUGGGGGCACUAACAAACUUAAACUACUGAAUGUAUAUUUUACUUAGGUUAAGAAAAGACAUUGUUAGCAUAUCUAGCCAAAGAUAUACCAACAUUCGAAUAUUUUACGUUAAAAAGAACAAAUAAAAAAAAACAUUUAUGAAUAUUAAAUAUAUUAUGUGUUAAAUACGAUGGGUGAUCAAAAAGUUCCAGGAAUAAUGCUCAAAAAGUUUUUUUCUUCACAGGACCUCUCUAAGUUGGAGUCAUUAAAACACUUUGAAUGUUGUUUCGACGUCGCAACAGUCGCAGUUAAGCACAGCUUGGACUGAGUCACUAAACAAUGUUACCAACUGUAGCGACGUUGCCGUGCAUUUCAAAAAGUCCUGGAAUUUUCACAAAUCUUCUUUAGUACUAAAAAUUGGCAAAUAUUUUUUAGUAUUGAAUUGGUUAAUGGUCACAUUAAUUAACACAUUUGAGAUCUUCUUUGUUUCUAAACCUUCUGUUGUUGAUAACUUCAAAACACUGAAAUGUUUUCUGAAGUUUAGACAUCUCGAAUACCUCAUGACAAUUUAUUGUUAGUUAAUCUUUGUUUUUAUUAUAGAAUGUGCUCCCAGGUUCCGAGCUAUAAAUAAUAAAGUAUAGUUUGUUAAAUGUGAAAUGUUUAUCCGCAUAUUUUGUAUAUUUAACAUUUGAUAAAUUGGAUAAAUAAAGUAAAGCUACCGAUA